GUAGAGUUCUCUAUUGAUCUUGUUCCAGGAGCCGGCCCAGAAUCCAAAGCACCAUAUCGUAUGGCGCCAAAAGAAUUGCAAGAGUUAAAGACUCAAAUCCAGGAGUUAUUGAAACUCGGUUUUAUUCGACCGAGUGUUUCACCAUGGAGAGCACCCGUUCUUUUCGUCAAAAAGAAGGGCAGCUCUAUGCGCAUGUGUAUUGAUUACCGGGAUCUCAACCGGUUAACAGCCAAGAACAAAUAUCCGCUUCCCAAAGUUGACGACUUGUUCGACCAGCUGAGGGGAGCCUGU